GAUUAUUCUGACUAAUACAUAUACGUUGUAAAGACGGACACGUAAACAAACGACUGAACAAUUCUUUCUCAGUUUUUCCUAAUUAUCCUUUGCGCUUUUUUUUAAAAAUCCUCGGGAUAGAAAAAAAAUUACUUCAGUCUAAGUUAUUCCGUUAUCUUUCUCUGCCGCAGUAUCACUGGAUUUUCUGCUCUGGAUUACACUUUUGAUCAUUAGCAUCAUUCAAUCGUCGCUACAAUCCAGGAUUCGUAUGGCAUGUGUUAGUGUUUUGUGGAAUAAAACGCGGAACUGUUAGUUCCAUGGUGAAGAUGGCCCUGUCCACUGUCUGGUACGGAGGCGUGCAGAUUAUUCUGGGCCUCAUCAUCGCCGUUCCCAGCAUGACAAUCCAAUCUCUCAGCACGACGAUCGCGCUCUGCGUAUCAUUGCUCUUAACUGGUAUCUACGCGCUGCUGGGUUCCAGUUACAUCAACAGCACCCGGCAAUUAUUGGAGGCGUCGCGGCGGACCCAGCCGGAGAACGUCCAACUGCCGACGGAAGAACGCCUUGUCAAGAUCCACGGACAGUUCCUCAAAGUGUACGCAGCUGCGUGCGGUGUCUUGAUUGUCCUGAGCAUCGCUUCCGGGAUCCACGGCACGGUGUACUAUUUCGGGGAAUUCGGCGGUGGGGUAACUCCUAGCACCCAAUUCGAUCACGGUUCCACGGCCGCCAUUGCCGGUGUGGCGUCCAUUGUUAUCAACAUUUUUAUUGCCGGCAGCUGUAUAGCGGACUACAAACGCUUACGCGCCCACGGCUACGAGCGCCCCCGCUCCCCCACCCCCAGCUCGGGCCACACGGAUCCCCGCAUGGACAUCGCCACCAUCCCGGUGGACCCGGCCAUAGCCUUCCCGCCGCCCUAUUCACAGAUCCACCUGGAUCCCAAGGGCGACGACUACGAACUCCCGCCGUCGUACUUGGAAAGCACUUCCGCCAGCACCAGCACCAACAGUCUCCCGGUGACGUCGGAGCUGGCUCUAGCGGUACCCUUCUGUAUGGGCGAGCCGGUGCCCUAUGUCGACGUGCCACUAGAAAGGACAAUCACACCGUUCACGUUUAUCGGUGUGGAGAAUGUCGGGCAAGGAGAAACCUUGCCGCCGGUUCCUUAUGGCGUGCCAGUAGAAUGGUCACCGACAGAUGCUGCCGUGACGGUCCAAAACAGUACAGAGCCGGAAACAGCUGUUCCGGCAGUUCCUGUAGAAACUACCGGAAGGUCAUCUCCAGACAACUGCAUCACGGUCAACGAAAACGACGAUAUGCCAGCGCAGUCGCGUCCAGUAGAAUCCCACUUCGAUAGUCAAUAAUUUACUGGAUGUGUUCUUAUUAAAUUUUGUUGUUGUUGAUAUUCGUAGCAUGCCCGUUUUCGCGUCUAAGAAAUCUUUUUAUCAGUUAGUAAUUCCUGGAAUAUUUUACGCUCAAACCGUGCGAACUGCGUUAUAGUUGUCUUUUAUACGACUUUUUUCAGCAUUUUAUGGAAACAAAAUCAAUAUGACGCCUGCAAA